AUGGAUGUCCGCCUUCCUUGCCGCCCCCUUUUGGAGCCGCCCCUUCCGCCUGUUAGCCCGGCUAACUGUGUAAAUGGCAAAGCGACAGCAGCAUUUGCUAACUUUGCUGCAGCAGCAACAAAGGCCAAAGCACAGCCCCAACAAAAACUACAUAAAUGUAUCUAUAUCUAUAUCUAUCUAAGCGAUGGCCGUGCAUUGUAUUGCAGUUACGUGCUCGAUGGUCCAGCAAAAUGGCGAGGCGAAAAAAUCUCUGAAACAAAAUCAACAAAGAAGCACCAAGAACAGCAGGGGUCUUCUCGUUUGAAAAGUCUUGAAUACACUUUUCGUAUAAACAUUUAA